GAUUGUGACGUCACGGCGGCUAUAAAACUCAGCAAUGCUUUUAAAGUGCCUCCGCUGAAUGAUCCCUGAAACCCCGGCUCUGCCUGGCAGCGGUGCCGCCCUCUCCCUGCAGCUCUGUCCGGGGCAGCGUUACUGUCACCUCUUCGGCAAAAGCCUGGGAGAAAAAAAAAAAAAAAACUUUUAAAGCCCCAGCACCGGCAGCAGCAGCAUGCAGUGCUAGUGACAGCCUGAGCCAGUACUUCUUCCCCAGCUCAUCGCCCGGGACCCGUCCUGUGCACGGUAGACACUGCAGCAGCUGCCUCCUCCGCCUGCGGAUUGUGCGGGACGAUGCGCAUGUACGCCGGGAUCUGCGCCAGGGUGCACUGAGCGGCGGCGGCGGCGCAGGAUCGCCUCCCGGACUCUCCCUUGCGCUGCACUCUGCACCUUUGGGGGAGUGGGGGGAAGAGAGAGAGAAGCUGGCUCACCCCGCAGUCGCACCGGGUCCCCCCAGCAGCAGCAGCGUGGUGUCCCCCCUGCCACCCCUGUGGAGGGCUGCGAGCAGCAGCAGGAGGAUGGCAUCAGAGCUGGCACUGAGCGGCUCCGACCUGCCCACCAGUCCCCUGGCCAUGGAAUAUGUUAAUGACUUCGAUCUGAUGAAGUUUGAAGUGAAGAAGGAGCCGGUGGAGACCGACCGCAUCAUCAGCCAGUGCGGCCGCCUGAUCGCCGGGGGAUCGCUCUCUUCCACCCCGAUGAGCACGCCCUGCAGCUCGGUGCCCCCUUCCCCGAGCUUCUCGGCCCCCAGCCCCAGCUCCGGCAGCGACCAGAAGAGCCACCUGGAAGACUACUACUGGAUGACCGGCUACCCCCAGCAGAUCAACCCGGAGGCGCUGGGCUUCAGCCCGGAGGACGCGGUGGAAGCGCUGAUCAGCAACAACACCCAGCAGCAGCAGCAGCAACAGCAGCUCCAGGGCUACGAUGGCUUUGCCCGGGGCCAGCAGUAUGCCUCCUCCGGCGCACCAGGGGGGAUGCCCGGGGAGGACAUGGGCUCAGCAGCCGCGAUGGUCUCCGCAGUGAUCGCAGCCGCGGCCGCCCAGAACGGGGGACCCCACCACCACCAUCACCACCACCACCACCCCGGGGUGCACGGAGCAGGAGCCGGCCCGCAGUCCGCAGGGGGAGCCGGCGGCGGGGGAGGAGGCAGCAGCUCCCCGUCCUCCUCCUCGGUGGUCGGGGGUCUGCACCCGCCGCCCCACCACCACCAUCACCACCACCACCUGCACUUCGACGACCGCUUCUCGGACGAGCAGCUGGUGACCAUGUCCGUGCGGGAGCUGAACCGGCAGCUGCGGGGGGUGAGCAAGGAGGAGGUGAUCCGGCUGAAGCAGAAGCGCAGGACCCUGAAGAACCGGGGCUAUGCGCAGUCCUGCCGGUUCAAGCGGGUGCAGCAGCGGCACGUCCUGGAGAGCGAGAAGAACCAGCUGCUGCAGCAGGUGGAGCACCUCAAGCAGGAGAUCUCCCGGCUGCUGCGGGAGCGGGACGCCUACAAGGAGAAGUACGAGAAGCUCCUGGGCAGCGGCUUCAGAGAAAGCGGCUCCAGCAACAGCGAGAACCCCUCCUCCCCGGAGUAUUUCAUGCAUUUGGCACGUGCUCUUACCUAUCAUGAUGAUGAUGAUGACGAUGCACCCAACACACCAGACACAUUGUCAUGAGUUUAUGAGCUCGCUGUGAGAAAACAGAGAGAAAGCAGAGAAUUGUUGCCAUCCCGAGUUCUUCAUAUGAGAUUGCAAUAACAAAACAAAACAAAAAAAUGUGAAUUUUUAGACUAUUUUGCUGAAUUCAUCAUUUUUGAGAGUUGCUGUCCUAAAAUAUAUAUAUAGAUAUAUAUAUAUAUAUAUAUUAUAAGAGGAGAUGGUGUAAAGCAACCUGCCAAAAUGAAGCCUGCAUCAAACUUCAGUGUUUCAUAUGACUUUAUGGCCCUAAAUGAGUGAGACUUGGCCUGCCAUUAAUAUCCCAUCCUCAUCUCAUGCAUCACGCUUGCUAUUGUGUCUUAGCAACAAAGAACUGUAAAUUGUCAUAAGACUUUAUGGAAAAGAGACAAUAUAUUAAUAAGAAGGCCCUGCAUGCUGGACAUGUACGGUAUAAUUAUUAUUAUUUUUUGUUUGUGUUUGUUGUUUUUCUUUUUGCUUGGAAAAUGGACUACCUGGAAAAAAAAUGGCAUGACAUCCAUUUAUUUUAUUUUAUUUUUUUUCCGUUCCUCGUCACUUAUUUCAGUUGCAAACGAAAAAGUGCAACCCAGAUCCCCCCCCCUUAAAUAAAGUUUGCAUCCGCUAAAGAAACAAAAAAAACUGUUUUUGAAAAAUAUGCAAAACUUCAAUUUUAUUAUUAUUUUUAAUGCACUGAUUGCUUUUCCUCCAAAACACAGCAGAAUGGAUUUUGAUAUUUAAAUGUGGUAAAAUGUAUAUUAAAAAAAAUCUAUAUAUAAGGACCUUUGAAAGAUGUCUUAUAAAAUUAACUCGUAUUGGGACUAAAUGCUGUGAGCGAUUGACAGUCUAAACAAAUUUAUUUUAAGGAAAAAAACAAACAAAUAUACACCCUUUUUUGCAUUUGGUUGAUGUCAAAUGUGGAAUGCUAUGGGUUCGUAGUCAAUUUUAUUCCAUUUUAAAAAAAAUCUGUGUAGCCCUUUUAAAAUGUAUGCCACGGAUAAAGGAAUGUCAUAGAUUCAUUGGAACGAGUUAGAUCUGUUUUAGAUGUAGAACCUUUUAAUGACUGAUGCACUAAGUUGUUUACUGUUGUGAUGUUGGAAAGAUUUAGAAAUUGCAUUGGGUCUGUUUAUUUUAAAGGUAGUUUUCAACGCAUGUGCUUGCAACUUAAAUAUAAGUUGGCUAUGUGUUCAACCCAUGCUUUACCACUGACUGUAUUUGAAAACCAAAGUAUUAAAAGGGUAGAUACCCUUAUGUAUAUUUAUGGGGUAUUUUUCAUUCAAAAAUGUAUGUUUUGUUUUUUUUUAUUAUUAUUUUUUUCUCAGCAUUGAAGUAUUUGGGACUGAAUUGCACUAAGAUAUAACCUGCAAGCAUAAAAUAAAAUGCAGAACUGUUUAGAACGCUAAUACAUAAUGUAUGAAGUUAUAAACAAACAACAAGAAAAUGGCAUUACUGCACAAUUUUAAAACAAUGCAGAGUUUUUUUUAUUUACAGUAUAAUAUUGUGGUGCAGAACUGGAUUUUCUGUAUUCUCACAAAUUUCACAAGUCUUAAAGGCAAUAACCAGGAAAAUUUAUUAUCAGGGACUGAUAACAUGUCUUUUGCAGAUGAACGUAAAGUUACCAUAGUCGAUAUAAAUCCUCGUCAGCUAUUAUGUUUUAUUUUUCCUAUGCAUAUUUUGCUGUGCAAAAUUGUUUUAUAUUUGAGUUACUAACGACAUGUGUUGUAUUUUGUGAUCUGUCAUUUUACUUCUAUGGUCAUGUCAAAAGGAAAAAAAAUAAUAAUCUACAAUAAUAAACUGCAGUUUUUGAUUCUGUA